CGCAAUAUACGGCGGCUUUCCCUCUACAGGAUAGCUGGCGCAUUCAGAACAACCUCUCGAGCUGCUCUGGAGAUAUGCCUCAACAUACCUCCUCCAAUGAUCGCAUUGGAACCACCAAGGAAUGCAAGGGAGCGAUGCAUGCAAUGGGCCACCAGCCCAGACCAUGACCCUUUAACAUCACCAUUAGAACAAUGGGAGCAACGAACCGCAAUCUCUCAGGACAAGCUGGAGAUUAUACACCCACAUGUGACCCUGCCUUGGUGGGCAGGUCUGAAACCCCAUAUAGCAGAAACCCAGGAAGCUGCUCUCACAACUCACAAUGCCAUCUUACAAAGUAGAGCUGAUAUUAUUGUGUACACAGAUGGCAGCUUGACAGAACAGGGAGUUGGAGCAGCAGUAGUUUCAUCUCUGGGGUGUCAAGCAGUUUGCAUUGGCUCUCAAGCUACCCACACUGUAUAUGCAGUGGAAUUACAGGGC